AUGAAGCUCCCAAUUCUUGCUGUGUUUGCCCUGUUCUAUGUGGCCCACUGUGAAGAAGGUGCUAGGCUCCUGGCCUCCAAAUCUCUAUUAAACAGAUAUGCUGUGGAGGGGAGAGACUUGACGCUGCAGUACAACAUCUACAAUGUUGGUUCUAGUGCUGCUUUAGAUGUGGAGCUGUCGGAUGAUUCUUUUCCUCCGGAGGAUUUUGGCAUUGUCUCUGGGAUGCUCAAUGUCAAGUGGGACAGGAUUGCUCCAGCAAGCAAUGUGUCCCACACUGUGGUUCUGCGGCCUCUCAAAGCUGGAUAUUUCAAUUUCACCUCUGCUACCAUCACGUAUCUGGCACAGGAGGGUGGACAGGUUGUGGUUGGUUUCACAAGUGCUCCUGGGCAAGGAGGAAUCUUGGCUCAGCGUGAAUUCGACAGGAGGUUCUCCCCUCACUUUCUGGACUGGGCAGCUUUUGGUGUGAUGACUCUGCCCUCCAUUGGGAUCCCGCUGCUGCUGUGGUACUCGAGCAAGAGAAAGUACGACACCCCCAAGACCAAAAAGAACUGAGCAAAGCUAAAUCUAACCAUCACCCCAGAGCUUAGGAGAGAGCAAACAUCAACCCACACAGAACAGUGGGUGUAGUUGGAUCAGCAACAGUCACUCCUGCAGAGCACUGCCUGGGCUUCAGCCCUGUCUGCAAGAGGGAGUCACCAAUCGCUUCAGUGGCAGUGAUGUGUUGUCUACCUCUAAUAAAAAAAAAAAAGCAAACCCCAACACCAAAUCCCAAAACUGCCCAGCCAAACCCCCUUCUCUGUGUAUUUGGAGUAGAGACACCUUGCUUUGUUGCAGAUUUAGUGCCAGUGCAGCUGUGACAUCAUUUAACACCUAGAGAAGUUUGUUUGUGGGUGUGCAGCUCUGCAGCGUUUCUGGCCUCUGUGUUGCCUUCCUGACUCCCUUCAACCAAGUGGAUCUUUGCCUGCUGCAGCCCUCUUGAACCUUGUAAAUCUUAGUGUCCAUCUUUUCCAGGUGCUGCUCAACUUGCCAGAACAGCUGUGGAAAGGAGCUCUGGCUAAUGAUGAUAAUAGACCUCCUUUUGACAGAGGCUUGUUAGAGCUGCUUCUUGGGGUGGGGCACGGGAAGCCCCCUUGUAUUUCAGUGAGGAGUUGAUGUUUUGUUUUUUUUUUUCCUUCUUGCUCUUGUUGCUCUGGUGAGGGUUGAGGUAGUGAGGUUUUUGUAAUAAAUCACACCAUGAAAGAA